UAGCCUCUUAGGAAUCUAGGUAUCCGUUCUGGGUUGGAAUUGGGUCUGCCAAUUAGAUUAUUCGUGCUGAUCGAUCAGUUUCGAACAUGAAGGAUGGCAAAAGAAGGCGAGAUGUGUUAGGAGCCGGUAGACUGAGUGAUCUUACGGACGGUAUUUUGCACCACAUUCUCUCCUUCCUGGACACUGAAUAUGUUGUUCGAAGCAGCAUUUUGUCACGGAUGUGGAGAUGGGUCUGGAAAGACAUCCCUGUCCUGACUUUCCACGGACGCUCGUGUAGGGCUAAGCUGUAGCAGCACUGUUUUGAAGGGCAUGUGGACCAAACACUAUCCCAUCGGUUUGACUGUAAUGUUCGUAGGAUUAGCAUCUUCUUUGACUUUCAAUCACAUGUGAUUCCAUUUCUCAGAGUCAUGAAAUAUGUUGCCGCUCAUCGUGUUCAACAGCUAUAUGUGCUUCAUAAGGAAGGAGACGAUUAUUUCCGCAUUUUAACUAAAGAUGUUGCCUUAAUCUCUAAUUGUUUUCGAGCACUGAAAGUUCUUGAAUUACAGUGGGCGGUUCUAGACAAGAGUGCACUUGAGUUUUGGUCUCAUUUGUAACUGCUCAAGACUCUGACUUUACGUGACUGCGAGGUUGACUUUGGUAGCUUGGAUGACCUGCCUAACCCUUUUGCUACUUUUUCCAGAUUGGAAAACCUGAAACUAUUCGAUUGCUUUUCACCUGAUUGUGGAUUGAGAAUAUAUGGACUCCACUUUCUUACUUUGGAGAUAUAUUGGGCAGCAUGCCCCACCUUGGAAAUUUUUGCUCCUAAACUUGUAUCGUUCUACUUCCGGGAAGAACUUAUUUUCGUAUUUUUUCACCACAAGUCUCCAAAAUGAACAUUCCUUUGGUUAAUCAUGCAACAAUCAUCAUGUCGGGUACAAGGAUCUAUUUCACAAGAGUGUCUAUGAUGAUGAUCAUAAGUAACUGGUUUUCAAGCAGUGCGCAAACUUGUUCCAUAGUUUGCAUAAUGUGAAGUCCCUCUCCUUGCACAUCGAUACCAUUGAGGUAUGUUAUCUGCGAUCCCUAAUAGUAUGAGAUGAGCAUAAUCCUACCAAAUAUUACAAUAAUUUAUGAUACAAUUCAUGCAUGGUGCAAGAUAUUUACCAUUUCAAUCCCUUUACAGUAUACAUACGAGAUUUGUUUUGGUACAAAAUUGAGAAGCCUUUCUGUUUAUGUCAUUCUGCCUUGGUUCUACUCCCCAGUUGUUGAUUCGGGCUUAUGAAUUGGUGAAACAUCAACCUUCACCCUUUAAGCAGCUGAAGUCCUUAUGUUUGAUGUAUGCCGAAGGAUCUUCUCUCUUACCUUACCAAGUGAUCCGUUACUUUCUCAAAGGCUCUAUCUCCUAAUCUAGAAAAUGCAUUUGUGAUGCUUGAAAGGGUAUGUGGAUAACGCUCAACUCUAUUUCAUCUUCGGUUUUGAAUAGAAUUGGAUUUAUACAAUCACACACAAGUUAGGUGUGAGGGAUAAUGACACAUUUGUGGCACUAGAAAAUUGAACUAAAUAAUGUGUUCACCCAUUAACUUCACCUUCAGACUUAAAGUUUCAUUAUUUUUCCCCAUCAUUUCAUUUAUAUCCAAGAACACCCAUGUUUAUGCGUGUACGCUGUGUAGUCAUAUUGGCAUCAAUCUCUGAGAUAACUGGAUAAUUAUACAUUUUCUCGUGUUUAUGCAGAGGCCAAUUCCAAGCCGUCCAUAUCCAUGAUCACUUCAUGAUUGCCAGUGCUAAUUCUGUUAUCAUAUGAGUCUUUUUUUACCUUUGCAAUUGCCUGUUGCAACUACAACGACUUCAUAUGAAUGUCUAGAUUAGUGUGUUUUAGAAUAUGUUGCUUCCUUGAUAAGAUAAACGUGUCUCGGUUGAGAAGCUAAGUUAUUAAGGCACACUGUUCUACUGCGGGUCCUAAAGUCAGUUCGGGGUAAAAAGAUGAUUUGUUAGACUUAAUUCACUUGAUAUAUGGUUUACUUUGUGUGGCCUGACUCACCUUCUAGAGUCGGUCAUUUGUGGCAUCAGAUGUCAUCUUAAAUGUAGUUUGUUUUUCCUGUGUUAAUGUAGAGGCCCUUUCCAAAUUAUCCAUGUUAUUGCGCACUUCUUCAACCUUCCAAGAUCUGGAAUCUUGGUAGAUCUCUGCAUUUGUAAUGAAAGUAGAGGAAUGGA